GGCGGACGAAGAGAAGGAAAAAGUUUUAGAAAAGAAAGAAAAAUGGACGCAGGCAGUAUCAUCUCUGAUGAUAGGAUUCAUCUUUAUAAUCAUUGGUUUACCAUUAUGGUGGAAUACUACAAAGGUGUACAGGGCAUCUCUUCCUUACAAGGACAUUGAAAAACUUGCAGAACUAAAGCUAGAUUACCUAGUGAACAUCAAAAUUCUAAUACCAAAAGAGGAAAGUCUGUUGAACUUAAAGAGCUUUGAUAAUUCUCUGCGUGAUCAACUAAACAGCUUGAUAGCAGAAUUUGCUGUAAAUCCAAAAUUUGAAAUCAACACAAGAUUUCUCUCAGAAGCAGAGAACUCACUGUUAAAAGAGAAGAGUCAAAGAAAUGCUGCUCUCAAAGAUUUGGAUUUUGCACUUCAAAAAUUAUGGUAUGGUGAAAAAUCUUCCAAUGGAAACUACAUAUUCAUAUUUCUUCCAUCUGGGAUAUUUGAACAAAUGAAGACUACGCAUAUUGGGAAGUUUUUACACACUAUUAUCCCAUAUAAGAAAGAAAUAGCUUCAGAACUGAAAAACAUUGUCACAGUAAUCAAAAAUGUUUAUAUAAAUGUUGAAACCAUCAGUAGAGCUUUCAACACUGCUUCACAAAGGAAUCUCAAGACGAAUAACAUGGAAAAUAUUAGAGCACAGAAAUCUGUUUCGGGUUAUCAAAUCUCUUUUACGUUGCUGAACUCAGAUCCAGAUUCUGUUAUUCCUUGGUGGAAUAUUGAAGAGGCUGUACAAAAGUAUCUGAAUCCAUUUCUGGCAAAGGUUCCGCACCUCAACACCAGUAUAGAUUCCCAGGUUCUUCAUUACAGUACUGUGCAGCUAAACCCAACAAGGGAUGGCCAAGCCUUUUAUCUGGAUUAUAAAGAUCUACCUCAUCUUAUCAACCCUAUAGAGGCUAAACUUGGUUCUUAUGUGUCUCUUAACUCUAAUCUUAACUUCAUUGUGUACGUACCAUCACAAGACCAGACGCCACUCUACGUAAGGAACAAAGAUGGUGAUGUAGCUGAAAGCAAUGCAUUCUUAAGUCCUCARUGGGGAGGAUUUGUGAUAUAUAACAUUAACAGAACAAACCUAGAAAAUAAUCAUGUAGAACUAGAAAUGAGGUCAGUAAUGAGCACCUUUAUCUCCCAGCUCAAGCUCCUCCUUGGUGGUCAACCAAUAGACCAACCUSAACAAAGUAUUCUUGGUGAAUAUUCCAGUACAGAAAUAACAGAAUGGGAGGAACUUUCUCUUUGGAGGACGAAAACCAUGGAAUUUCUGUCCACAUCCACCAUCACCCUCACCUCUCUUGCUCGUCUUCUAGAGCAGAUCAGUAACAUGGUUAUUGGUGAUCAGAUACAAAAACAGAUUCAACAGGCCUUGCUGUCUAUUGAAAAGAGUAAAGAUGCACUGGAGCAGGGUAGAGUAACAACAGCCUAUUUAGAAGCAAAGACUGCUCUCACAUCCUCUGAAAAUGCCUUUUUUGACCCAAGCAUACUAGCUUUGCUGUACUUUCCUGAUGAUCAAAAGUAUGCCAUCUACAUCCCCUUGUUUCUACCCAUCAGUAUUCCCAUUAUUCUGUCGCUGUUUGAAGGAAUCAAGUGGCUUAAAGGGAGUAAAGAUAAAAGUAAAACAGAUGAGAGAGAGAAAAAGCCCAUAGAAGAAAAAAAGAAUGACUGAAUGGGACGUUUUUUGGACAUUGCCCGCUGAGGAUGCAAAAACGGGAUAAAGAAAGAGGUCAGCUUUGACUUUAACCACAAGAUGCUAAAGCAUUACCAAAAUGGGGGUUUACAAACUUGUCACUUAUCUACAUGUCCAUCAAAAUUAGAUAAGGAAACAUUUACUCCCAACUACCAAAAUCUGGUAGUAUUUCCUUCAAACAAUGUGUUGGCAUUCAUUUGUUUACAAGAAUCAGCAGCUCCUUGAUAAUCGACAGCAGUCUUAUAAGCCUUUUUUUAAUGGAGUUUUUAAUUAAAAAUAAAGUGACCAUUUGAUGGUACUUAAUGCUUCUAACAGAUUACAAUGUCGAGA